AUGAUGGUAGAUGUUGCCUUAUGCCUUUUGCCGAAGGCAAGCCGAGCUAUAGUCGGGUCAAAACGACUUGAAGCACGGCGCAGUAACGUGAAGAGUUGCGAUCGAAGAGGCGUAUUGGAGAUAGCGAGUGUCUCAGAAGACGACAAAGGCUACAAAAUUUACAAAUGUCGCCAAUGGGAUGAACGAUUUGAAGUGGAAGUAACAACAAUGACAGCCCAGGGAAAGAACAUGAAAGAGAAGGUAAUUGCGUUAAAGCCCACAAUUCUGUUCAACAUGAAAGGGAUGAGAAUCACUCUUAAUACCGUCACCAUACCGCCUACACCUGAGCUUACAUCCACGUUCAUAAGUGAUGGAUCACAAAUCGCCUUAUGGAGAUAUGAUACAGCAACUUCACUAGUCUGUGACUCCGAGGAAGCGGCGAUUACCAUGAACUGUUCAAUGAAUUCGAUCUGCGUCUGCGAGCCAGCAGAGAGCACAGUAAACUGCGCCUGCAAGAACAUAAAUAUCACAAAAAUCUUCAAGACAGAAGUGGAGAAUCGCCUUCCAGCAAGAAGACCAUGGAUAAAUUCAGCAGCAGCUCGUCACGAUCCCUCGACAUUGUCAGCACCUAUACCUUCAUUUUUGACAGCAGAACUUCUUGUUCAUGUCAUAGACAAGUUCGACAAGACAGUCAUCAAACUUACCGGGUUUAGACGAUGGGAACGUAAUGGCGGCGGAGAACAGUUCUUCAGAGUACCUUGCCAACAUACUGGAGUACCAUUGACUUUGGUAUUCAGCUCAAAAACAGGCCGAAUCCAAAAAAAGCUUGUGAAGUGUCUUGCGGAUCUACGAGCGCACCAACACCAGCAGGGUCUCUUCGGCACCAGCAAAAUCCACUUUGCCAUCUGUCAAUGUCGCAAAACCCACAUGCCCAACCAACUGUCACACAACUUUCAUCAACUUCUAGUGCUUCGUACAAUCGUAGCAGCAGGUCAAGCACGACCUGAGUCUGACAAGCCGAAAACCAAGCAGAUCGGACUCCAGUCCAACGACGCCAGCAGCAAAAAGAAGGCGUCAGUCGUCAUAGUCCUCGUUCUCAUCUGA